UAUGUCUGGCAGAGCCGGUGUGAGACGAAGAGACAAUCCUUCCCUGCCGCCUGGAUAAUCAAGAGUUUUGGCCGGACCUUUGAGCACACACCGAGAGAAUGAAGAGCCAGACAAAAAGCACAGACUAUGGCGCUGAAAUGGAUUAAUAAGGAACUUAGUGAUUUGGCCCGUGACCCUCCAGCACAAUGUUCUGCAGGUCCAGUUGGGGAUGAUAUGUUUCAUUGGCAAGCCACAAUUAUGGGACCUAAUGACAGCCCAUAUCAAGGCGGUGUAUUCUUUUUGACAAUUCAUUUUCCUACAGACUACCCCUUCAAACCACCUAAGGUUGCAUUUACAACAAGAAUUUAUCAUCCAAAUAUUAACAGUAUUGGCAGCAUUUGUCUCGAUAUUCUAAGAUCACAGUGGUCUCCUGCUUUAACUAUUUCUAAAGUUCUUUUAUCCAUUUGUUCACUGCUAUAUGAUCCAAACCCAGAUGACCCCCUAGUGCCAGAGAUUGCACGGAUCUAUAAAACAGACAGAGAUAAGUACAACAGAAUAUCUCGGGAAUGGACUCAGAAGUAUGCCAUGUGAUGCUACCUUAAAGUCAGAAUAACCUGCAUUAUAGCUGGAAUAAACUUUAAAUUACUGUUCCUUUUUUGAUUUUCUUAUCCGGCUGCUCCCCUAUCAGACCUCAUCUUUUUUAAUUUUAUUUUUUGUUUACCUCCCUCCAUUCAUUCACAUGCUCAUCUGAGAAGACUUAAGUUCUUCCAGCUUUGGACAAUAACUGCUUUUAGAAACUGUAAAGUAGUUACAAGAGAACAGUUGCCCAAGAUUCAGAAUUUUUUUAAAAAUGGAGCAUGUGUAUUAUGUGGCCAAUGUCUUCACUCUAACUCGGUUAUGAGACUAAAACCAUUCCUCACUGCUCUAACAUGCUGAAGAAAUCAUCUGAGGGGGAGGGAGAUGGAUGCUCAGUUGUCACAUCAAAGGAAGCAGCAUUAUUCUAGCAUCCAGUCUUUUUUUAAGCCUUCCACUGUUAGAGAUUUGAGGUUACAUGAUAUACUUUAUGCUCAUAACUGAUGUGGCUGGAGAAUUGGUAUUGAAUUUAUAGCAUCAGCAGAACAGAAAAUGUGAUGUAUUUUAUGCAUGUCAAUAAAGGAAUGACCUGUUCUUGUUCUAC